AUGAGGAAGGCAGACGGGGCAGGAGUGGCUAACUUCAUCAGAGAAAGAAUAAUGUGUAGGUUUGGCAUACCAAAAGUAAUGCUGUCCGACAAUGGAACUCCCUUUGUAAAUCGUCAUGUGGGAAGACUGCUGAACGCCUACCAGAUCAAGCAGCACAAGUCAAGUCCAUACUACCCCCAAGGGAGUGGACAAGCUGAGGCGACCAACAAAACCAUCAUCCGAAUAUUGAGUAAAAUAAUGGAUGAAGCAGGGGGCACUUGGUCUAAACGACUCCCCAUAGCACUCUGGGCGUAUAGAACGUCAAAGAGAAAGCCAACUCAGAAAACCCCAUUUACCCUAGUGUACGGGUCCGAAGUUGUGUUACCAGUUGUGUUGGCAGUACCCUCAGCAAGAAUGGCUAUGUCAGCACACUUUGUUCCAGAUAGCAGAAAGAAUGACAUAGAGGCAGCUGAAGAAAGAAGAGAUCGGGCCUCGCGGGCAAUAGAAAAGUAUCAUCAAUCCGUAGCUCGUGCCUACAAUCAAUCUGUUCAGCACAAGAAGUUCAAUAAAUUGAACUUGGUAUGGAAGACAGUGGACGCAAUCAUGCGUGGGCAACCUAUUCCUAAGUUCUCACCAAGAUGGGAAGGCCCCUACAAAGUUGUUGAGGCAAGCAGCAGCGGGUACUAG